AUGCUUGGAAUGAUGAAUUCUGCUAGCGACGCUGUCGAGUUCUAUGCCACUAAUGAAAAUCGAAGGAAUGGAAUGAGCGAUCGGGAUUUGAAAACGUUUACUGAGGCGAAACCAAGGAAGUGUAUCACAUACACAAAAGAUGGUCGUCGUAUGAUUGAUGGAAAGAUCGAGGACGUCGAGUCAGGUACGGUAAUGGCACUGUGGGGGAAUACAAUCUUGAGAGGAGCAGUGAGGACGCAUAUGAAAGUUGAAAAUCUGGAGAAGGACGAAAAAUCUGAGGAUGUCGAUGAGGAUUCCAAAGAGGAAUCAAAAAAGGAGUCAGAGUCAACGAUAGCAGAGAAGCGUGAGCACGGAUGCGCCCCCACGUUCACUUCAAUUCAGAAUCGUUUGCGAAUGUGUAACUGGCCUAUAUAUAUUGACUUGCUGUCCAAGUCAGUGUUUUAUCCUCCCAGACAAGUCUGGUGCCAAUUUAUCGACUCCGCAGGGAUGAAAAGCUUGGUUUUGGAACCCGUUUUGAAAAGGGCGGAUGUAGCGCAGUCGGAUAGACGUUCUGCUGUCUACACGAUCGUUCGGAGUUCAAAUUAUCGAGAUCGUCGAACAUCCCGUUCUGGCGAAUGCAUCAUCCUCAGAGCAACCGCACUGAUAUCAACACAGGCUCCCAUCAUAGGAUGCUCUAGGAUACUCUCCUUGGAAUCUCACUUCUCAAUUUAUGUGUAUAUACAAAUCAUCAAAUCAUAUGUUACAUCGACUAUCUCGACAACGUAG